GCAAAGUGUCAUUUGGACGCCGUUAGUUUGUCGAGCAUGUAAGAGUAAGAUUUGUUUACAAUAUUUUGUCGUAGCCUUCGCCUUAAUACUAUCAGGCCGUAUUUAUCUUUUAAUCGACGAAAUGGACGACAAAGUAAUUCUAAACAGCUAACGUUAUCUCUUUUAUUGUCUUUGUGUCAGUUAAAAUAGUCAGAAGUUGGCUAUUUCAAACUAGCUACUGCGAAGCUAACGGCAGUACAGUGAGGAUUGGCUGUUAUUUACUGUGAGCGUCUGUCUGUUUUGAUAAGAGAGAAAUUAUCACGUCUGUCGAGACGCUGUAUACGUUUCCUUAUUUUGAACGGCAGGAACUGUGCGAGGCAGCCAACCAUGGAUCCGUUUGACAACCACAGCACAGAGCGAGCCAACCUGCCGAGGAACAUGAUCGAGAACAGCAUGUUUGAAGAAGAGCCUGAUGUUGUGGAUUUGGCUAAAGACUCCUCUGCUUUUCCGACGUUCCCUGCUCUUGACCCAGAUGAGGUGGUGUAUGAGCCCCGGAGCUCACGGUUACUCGUGCGAGGCCUGGGAGAGAAUGACGUGGACGAGGAUGAGGAGGACUGCGAGUCUUCGGCCCGUCUGCUGGGCAUGUCUUUCAUGAACCGAAGCUCUGCUCACAGAUCCAACUCCUCCCCUUACACCAGACAGUCUCCACCAAGGUCGUGUUCUAGACCCUCAGCUCGUACCAUGGUUGUGUGCGUGUUAUUCCUGGUAAUAGUGGCCUCUAUGACCAUGGUACUUUACUUCUUACCUGAAUGCACUUUUACCAGGACGGGAUGCCGCAAGGCAAACAAGACAUCUCCGCUGGAGCCCGUCUACCCCGUGUCCACAAACGGUGAACUGUUUCCAUGGACUGAGUACAGGCUGCCUAAAAGCAUUCAUCCUUUGAGUUAUGACCUCACCCUGAACCCUGACCUUGACAGUAUGACCUUCACAGGCACAACUGUUAUCAACAUGUCUGUGCUUCACAACACCAAACGCAUUGUGCUGCACAGUGAUAACCUCCUUAUUACCAAAGCUACAUUCAAGCUGGGUGAUGCAGAAGCCAGAAAUGUGACUGUACUAGAGUACAAACCCAGACAGCAGAUAGCUGUUAAUUUUUCAGAGGAGCUAAAGGCAGGACAGACGUGUGUUCUGACUCUGGAGUACUCUGCUAACCUGUCACACACCUAUGAUGGUUUCUACAACAGCUCCUACAGUGACAAAGAUGGAAACAAAAGGGUCCUUGCUGCAACCCAGUUUGAGCCGCUGUACGCAAGGAAAGCCUUUCCUUGCUUUGAUGAACCCUCAUUCAAAGCCACUUUCCUGAUAAAAAUCAGCAGGAAAAAAGACUACAUGACUCUUUCCAAUAUGCCUAAGGCAAAAACCACACAACUUUCCAAUGAGCUGAUGCAAGACGAGUUUGAAAGGAGCGUCAGUAUGAGCACCUAUCUGGUGGCCUUCGUCGUUGCUAAUUUCACUCCGAUCAGCCAAAAUGUCUCUGACACUCUGGUGUCUGUGUACUCUGUGCCAGAGAAGAAAGAGCACACAGGCUAUGCUCUGGAUGCAGGCACUAAACUGUUGCAGUUUUACAAUGACUUCUGUGAAAUCAAGUACCCCCUCAAAAAGCUGGACUUGGUAGCCAUCCCAGACUUCCUGGCAGGAGCCAUGGAGAACUGGGGACUCAUCACCUUCAGAGAGACGAGCCUGCUGGUGGGAAAACAGUCCUCUACUCUGGAAAAACAAGUGGUUGCCUCCGUUAUAGCACAUGAGCUAGCCCAUCAGUGGUUCGGAAAUCUGGUCACUAUGAGGUGGUGGAACGACCUGUGGCUCAAUGAAGGUUUUGCUACUUACAUGCAGUACAUGUCACUGCAGACAGUCCUGCCCCAGCUGGAGAUUGGUAAUUUGUUCCUGUCAGUGCGCUUCAGAGCAUUAGACAAAGAUGCUUUAAACUCCUCACAUGCUGUGUCAACGGAGGUGAAUUCACCAGAACAGGUGGAAGAGAUGUUUGACUCCGUCUCAUAUGAAAAAGGUGCAUCUAUUCUUCUGAUGCUGAACGCCUCGAUGCCUGAGGAACACCAGUUUAGAAAGGGAAUCAUUCAGUACCUCAAACAGUUCAAUGGAUCAAACGCAGACACUAAUGACCUCUGGAACAGCCUUACAGAGGUUGAAGUCUCGCCGCAGCAUCAGAAUGUGUCAGAGAUGAUGAGAUCAUGGACAUCACAGAAAGGUUUCCCAUUGGUCACUGUAAGCCGGCAGGGAGAUCAGGUGACCCUCACUCAGGAGCACUUCCUCCUCACGUCUGAUAAUGCAACCCACACUUCCAGCUUGUGGCAUAUUCCAGUGACGUAUGUGAACGACAGCUGUAGUUUGGCCCCUGAGUGCAGCCAGGUCUUCACUCUUAAGACCAAGUCAGAAAGUUUUAAGAUACCAGAGAACAUGAAGUGGCUGAAGCUAAACUACAGAAACACAGGCUUCUACAUCGUCCACUACGGAGAGAAGGGUUGGAUAGCUCUCGGAGAUGCUUUGUCCAACAAUAUCAAUGUUCUCACACCAGAGGACCGUGCCUCGCUCAUACACAACAUCUUUGCUCUCUCCAGACUGGGACGUGUGUCUUUCCUUCAGGUCCACAACGUGUUGAGCUUCAUGCCCAAUGAAACUGAGACAGCUCCUGUGACAGAAGCCUUGCUACAGCUCAACAACAUCUACCGGCUGCUUGAGAAAAGACAAGAUCACCGUCUUGUGGCACGCAUGGCGAAUUAUAUCAUGCAUCACUUUGGUAACCUAAUCGACAAACAGACCUGGGAAGAGGAAGAGAGUGUGUCUAAACAGGAGCUGCGCUCAGCACUGCUGGAGACAGCAUGUGUCCUAAAUGAAGAAAACUGCACACAGCAAGCUAAAAUUCUGUUCAAGAAGUACAAGGAGUCAAAUGGGACAUUACGCAUCCCAGGUGAUCUUCAGCAAGUUGUGUUCACCGUUGCUGCUCAAUCAGAGGAAGAUUGGGAUUUUUUGCAUGAGCUCUACAUUCAUGCCACAGUUGAUGCAGAGAAACGAAAAAUGCUACGAGGCCUCUCAUCCACUCAAGAUGCCUGGAAAAUAGUCUGGAUUCUUCAUGCAGGUUUGAAGGGGGACAUCAUCCAGACGCAGGAGCUUCCUCUAGUCAUCAACACUGUGUGCAGCGGAUUCACUGGCUACUUGUUUGCCUGGAAUUUUAUACAAGAGAACUGGGACCGCCUUAUAGAGAAGUUUCCUGUGGGCUCCUUUGCCAUCCAGUCUAUCAUCAAAUCUGCCACCUCCCAGUUUUCAACACAGGCACACCUUGAUCAGGUAAAGAGUUUCUUCUCCAGUCUGAAGGAGCGUGGCUCUCAGAUGAGGAGCGUGCAAGAAGCUUUGGAAACCAUCAGACUCAACCAGCACUGGAUGGAUGUGAACCUACCUACACUCCAAGACUGGCUGUAAAAGAGUCACUCCAACCAAUCUCCACCAAACUACCAGGCAGCCAGGCUGUGUCAACAAGACAGCAACGUUUGCACUAAUAGGAGUGUGUCUCUCAACUAUUUUUAUCCAGGCUAGAGUAGUAAUGAACAUGUCAAGGACGAGCUCUACCUGUGCAGACAAGGUUUGUUUUGGUCCUGUAAGUUGUAUUUUUUUUACCUCAGGGUGGUUCUGAUUGUGUGUAUGACAGAUCGUCAGAUACACGCACACUCCUUACACUUCACGCUGUCGACCAAAACGCGACUCUGCAUCUAAGCUUCAAGUCUGAGCAGACAAUCAUUUAUCCACACUCCUCUCCCUCAGCCUGCUCUUAGACAUGGGUGGGUGAGUUUUUGUGUAAAGGCCACUUUAAAAUAAGCAACUAUGAAAAACAAUGACUUAAAUGUUCUUGUCCAUCAGUCCUGGGCUUUGUCUCAGCCAGCAGAUUUGUGUAGAAGCAGAUGUUAGAGAUCACUCAGUGAUGGAAACUAUGAGUACAUGUGAGACAGUAUCAUUCUAACCUUGCAUUGCUGUCUUAUUAAAAUUUCUGUAGUAAGAAAAGCUGCCUGCUGCUCUGAACUCCAGUAACUCAUACAGCCUGAAGCAUUUUCUCCAUUAGUCAUGGUUUGGCUAGGGGAGUGAGUGAUAGCUUAACACACCAAAUUUAUUUUUGGCAUUGAUUGAAUGUACUAAAAAACCUUCUCACUGUGUACAGUAGGUGGCGUACUGCACAGCAGUGCUGGUUUAAGUUAACCAAUGUGUCUUAGGAGAGAGCAGGCAGUGCACACUGGAGCUAAGUGUUCAUUUCUCCUUUCUGUCUGUCCCUGUGCAGCUUUAGCUCUGAUCUACGAGAUGGAUUUGCUUUUUGCCUGCAGUGCAGUCACCGUGCAUACUUGUCCUUUCACUCAGUGUGCUUGUAAACUUGUAAUUAUGAUGUAAAUAGGCUUCCCCUGCUUUUUUGAAUGUGUUGUUUUAAAUAUAUUUUAAAGGAUUUAAGAUUCUGUCUGUAUAUAGAGUGUAAAAUAUACAUAGACUUAAAUAAGAGUCUAGGUCAAAUACUUAAACUGUAUUUCUUGUUUAAGACCACCUCAGGGGGUCAUUUGCUGAUGAAUGUUUGUGUUUUAAGGGCUAAUGUGCAUACAUAAUGAAAAUACAAAUUGUACAGAAGAACAUCUAUAUUGGGCAUGGCUAAUCUGUCCACAUAGCUUUUCUUUAUCAGCCAAAUAAAAAUACUGAAGGUUUAAAGUUACUCCUAUUAUUCCUAAGAGUAAAGGGUUAUUUAUUCAGCAUUUAAAUCCAUUUCCCAGCCUAUGUUCCAAGAUUUAACAAAUUUGUACUCUCACUCUAAGCUUCAUUUAACAAGGUACUUUGUUUUCUCUGGACGUCUCCUUGAGGUGUUCAUCUCUGUUUUUACAUCAUUUUGAAGACUUGGGUAAAAACUGCAUGAUUUUCUUCUUCACAAGAACAAAGGCAAAGCACAUCAGAGUUCAUAUCCGGUAGUGUAACCUUUAACUUGGUUUUUGAAUAUAGUUGUGAAAACUCUCAUGGCUUAUGUGAUUGCUGCUGUGCUGGUGGCUAACUGGUUAGUCAAAGUGGCUGCAAAAAGGGAUGGGAUCCAAGAAGGGACAAGAGAGGCAGAGGUAAAAAUGGACAUGGUGUUUGUGUUAAAGUUGAAGAGGAAAAAAUAAUCACUUUGCCAGAUUUGACUUGUCAUUGCAGAGUAGAUCUGCAAAAUAGCCUUUACCAGCCCACCAAAGUUUCACUUCCAGUGUGAUCAUGUGUUUGAUUUAUGUUCGCUUUAAUACAUGUCUAAUGUUUUCAUGUUCUGGUUUAUUUUGGAUCAUACAGUUUUAAGGUAAAAAUGUGUCAUCUGUCCAGCUUCUAACAACCAACUAAAGUCUCCUAAAGGUUACAGCUCUGGGACUUCGGUUAGAAAAAUAACUGCUUUGUGUGAAGUCAGUUUGUGAUGUCAUUCAGGUACAGGGUCCAGGGCGGUCUGAUGUCAGCAUUGUCAUAGACUACCACAUGUCAAAUUGUUUUGCACUGGGAUGAAACGCUGCAGAUGCUUUAAACCUGUGCUGCUCUUUAUG